UAAAAGAGUACGGCAGUUGAGGUUUGAAGCCAAGCAGGCAAGGUUUCAGUUUGAAGGUUAAGCAAUUACAAUUAGAAUGUCAUCGUUUUCUUUCGCUCCCCCAUUUUCUCCCUCUCUGCACUGCUCUACAAUCGUUCAUUCCCAACAGAGCUUCAACCAAGCUGCCACUUCCGUCCUUCUGAAUCGGAAUCUCUUCCCGAUUUCUGCUCAUUUUUCUAGCAUCUCUUCACGCAGACGCAGGUUUCACGCCAACUCUGUUCGCUUAGGCGCCGAAACUGAAGAACCUCUAACUCAGCAUUCGCCCGAAACUAAUGCAGUUUCCAGCAAUGGAAGCAAUCUUUCUACAAGUUUUCUAUCUUUUCUCUGCCCCUUGCUCAAGCUUUUCGCUGGAGGAGAUCCUUCGAGAGAGAGGAAUUUCACUUUGGAGGUAGCCACAUCUUCCUUAUCUACAUUGGCAAGGCUUCCAUGGGGCUCAAGAACAUUGUCGGAUAAUUCUCACAGCAAUAGGAAUAUUAAUUUGGAACCUACGUUGCCUUUGCAACUCUAUGAAUUUGAGGCAUGCCCCUUUUGCAGGAGGGUUCGAGAGGCCUUGACUGAACUGGAUCUUUUAGUGGAGCAUAUUAUGCAGGUUUAUCCUUGUCCUAAGGGUUCCAUUAGACACCGGAACAUAGUUAAGAAAUGUGGUGGCAAAGAGCAGUUUCCUUUUCUUAUUGAUCCAAAUACCAAUACUUCACUGUAUGAAAGUGGUGAUAUCGUGAAAUACCUCUUUCGCCAGUAUGGAAAUGGUAGAAACCCCUCAACGGGGCUUUUAGGAAGUACAUUGUUUACGGGGUGGAUGCCAACAGUUCUUAGGGCUGGCAGAGGAAUGACAUUGUGGGAAAAGACCUCGACAGAUCCACCGCCGAAAAAGCUGGAACUUUUCUCAUACGAAAACAAUCUGUAUGCUCGAAUUGUGCGCGAGGCAUUAUGUGAGUUGGAGCUUCCUUACAUCCUUCAUAACGUGGGAGAAGGAUCUCUACGGUCAAAGUUACUUCUUGACGUUUCCGGAUCAAAAGAGGUGUUGUCAAAAUUGAAUGAAUGUCGACCUCAUGAAGGUGGUUAUAUUCUUUCCUACGUGCUCUGAAUUAAAAAUGGAGUUGAGAAACAGAUCGAUCCCAUCUCAGAAUUGGAAUUGAGAUUAACCCAACUUCAAAUAGUCUAUGAAACUAUUCCCUAGUGGGUGUUUCAUUCACCUCUUCAUUGAGAACCAUCCCGUUUCCAUAUCUUUGAAAAACCUCAACUUGAAAAUAGUCUUGGAACUUACCACCAAAACAAAAAUUCAAAUUAAAGUAUUCCAGCUUCCUCCUUGUACCCUGUUCCAAUUUUAUCAAGCUUCUUAAGAGACCUUUCCUUCCGAAUAUCUAAGUUAUAUAGUCCCAUCGAACUCUUAACAUUUUAUUCAGCUAAAUGAUUAAAAUAUUGAGAUUUGUAUCAAUUUAAAUUUUAAACUUUGGGGCUUCUUCAGAGAAGAUUACGGAAGUCCGGCUAAUCCUCAUUUCCAAAAAGCAUCACUCCUAUUCAGGUUGUAUCAAUUUAAACCCUAAACUUUGAUAAGUGUAUCAAUUUAAACCCUCUAUUAUGUUUUAUUUAGAUAAACAUCGUGUAAGAUUUGUAAUUUUAUCAAUUAAAUCUUUAAACUUACACAAGGGAGUCAAUUUAGACUCUCAAUUAA